AUGAACCGAGUGAACGCUUCCAUAGAAGAGUUGAAAGAUGCCCAGGGUUCUAAACGCUGUCGUUCCUCCUCUCCCCAUCACCGCGAUGGAGCCCAGCGGCUAUUAAGAUCCAUCCGGUCGGGGGACCAGGACGUUGAUCCGGGGGAAGCCUCAUCUUCUGCCUCUAGGGGGCCUAAGGCCUUUAAAGCAGACAAUUCUCUCCUGUCUCUGAUGAAGACGGAAUGGAGAAAGCCGGAGAAAGGUCCAGUGUUGACCAAAAUAUUUAAGGCAGUAUUUCCGGUCAAAGAGGAUCAGAUAUCUUCCUGGGGGCCUGUCCCAAAGGUGGACAUGGCGAUUUCGAAGCUAUCAAGAAGGACCCUAAUCCCAUCAGACGACGGGUCAAGUUUGCAAGAUCCAAUGGAUCGGAAGGCGGAUUGCGCCCUUAGGCGCUCUUAUUCCUCAGCCUCGGCCUCCGCUUCAGUCGCGAUUUCUUCUUCUGAAGUGGCGAAUUUCCUAAAGACAAGAUUCACCCAGAUUCAAUAUGACCUAGACCAGAGGGUCUCUAGGGACGACAUUCUGGCCUCAUGUAAAACGGCCAGCCUUGCCAUAGACUUCCUGUGUGACGCAGCUCCACAACAGUUGAAGCUGGCAUCUAAGUCCAUGGCUCUCUCAACCGCGGGCAGGCGUCCGUUUUGGUUGAAACCAUGGAAGGCCGAUACGACCUCGAAGCACAAUCUUUGUGCCAUGGCAUACGAACCCGGCAAACUCUUUGGUGCAGAGCUUGACCAAAUAAUGGAAGGGCUGUCGGACAAGAAGGGCAAGUCCCUUCCCCAGCAGACCUUUCGUGGUCGGGGCAAGAGGUUCGGUUCCAGGUUGAACCUCAACCCAGAGCCCAGAGGGAUUGGGGCUCCCGUAGAGGAGGAAAAUACUCUCGGGGUUCUAGACCCCCCAAGAAAUCCUCGGCGCUCUGAUUGCGGGCCUCCUCGAGGCUCUUGGUAUUUAGCCGGUCUGACUGGAAAUCCCAGGCUCCCUUCUCCCCACAUUCCCGUAGGCGGUCGCCUACAGCAUUUUCUACCUUGUUGGCAGGUUCAUAUCCAGGACGCUUGGGUCCUGCGCAUAAUUUCUCAGGGCUACCUUGUGGACUUGAGCAGUCCGCCUCCGGACAAGUUCGUCCAAACAAGGCCUCUUCCCAGCAACAAGCAAGAGAUUCUAGAGAAUUAUGUGCUAGAAUACUUUCAGAAGGGGGCCUUAGAAGAGGUUCCUCUCCAAGAGAGGGGAACAGCCCGGGAGCCCUCGGUCCCUCGUCCGGCGGUCCCCCAGUCCCCCCGGCAGGGCAGGCCCCGGUCCUCCUGGCUGCGGCGUACCCGGGAACGUGUGUCCCUGAGACUGAGGUGCGGCGGUGCGGGAGCCGGUGCCGGUGGGCCGUGCUGGCCGUGCAGCGGGUACUUGGGGGACAGCAGUUCCGGCUACUCAUACGAUGUCACCCUGUGGGCCGGAGCCGAGCAGGACACCUGGCUGCUGUCCCCGGAGCUCCGGCACCUGGUGCAGGGGAACCGGCUGCGCUGCGGCUGCUCGGUGCUCGUCCGCUGCUGCCUGUACCGCUACCUGGAGAAGAAGGUGGCCAGCGGACUGGUGGUGCAUAGAGGAGCUGGAGCCCGGGCCAGGAGGGGCCCCCCCGGGGAGCCGCAGCAGCUCCGGCCACCGGCCAGCCCGCUCUCCGGGGACAGGAGGCAUUAUCUGCCGCUGUGGAAUAACGAGGACCCGUACGGGGACGUGUGGAGGAGGCGAGAGCAGGGGCAGGACGGCGGCGUGGACGUCACCAAAGUCUGCUCAUUACAGAAGCUGGAAAUGAUGGGGCUGUCAAGAGUAACCUUACCUCCCCUGCUUGUACGGGUCAUGCACAAAUCCAGACUUCGCUAUUUUGGCAAAGCAGAGAAGAGAACUGACUACCCUUAUCAAGCUUAUUUCGAGGUUGCUGAUCACUCUGGUAUGAUGUCUCUUGUGCUCUGGAAUUCCAUCUGUCCAGAAUGGUACAAUACACUCCAGGUUGGCAAUGUAGUCUUACUGCACCAAUAUGCCGUGAAGAAGGGUUACGUCUGCAGAACCCUCCCGACUCCAGGGAAUUCGCAGGUGAAGAGACUGCCUUCACUUGAAAUAAGCUUGAAUGCCAGAGAUCCUGCACCCAAAAUUACUGUUCUCUCUGAAAGUAAUGUGAAAUCUGAGUGGAAUUUGCCAGCUGUGAAAUAUCUGUUUGUCACAAGACUGGAAUUUAACGACCUACCUCACAACAGAGUCUGUGACGUCAUAGGACUUGUAACUUAUGUUGGAAGAUCUGAACGAUUACGAAAAAGGGAUGACUGGGAAGAUUUCUGGGUAUAUCGAUGGGUUCAAAUGAUUGAUGGGACUUCAGACCAGCCAUUUCUACUUGAAAUUUUUGCAACCUCACAGCCGGAUAUUUUUGAAAAUAUAUGUCCAAUGUCUUAUCUGGUGUGCACUCAGAUGCGCGUGAUCCAAGAAUAUCCGGAUGAUACCACCUACAAUGCUUAUCUUACAACCACCAAUGAAAGUCAAGUAUUUAUAACUGGUCAUCAUAAAGGGCAGCCGUAUACAAGCGAUGAGAAAGUAAAGAACUAUAUAAAAUGGAUGAAAACUCAAAAUGAAGCUGAAAUCGGGCAGAAAACAUCAAUUGGUGGCUACCAUCCCUAUCCACCAAUCCCAUCAACCUUUUCCAAGUUCCUUAAUGAUAGAAAAACAGAGGAAAUAUUAAUUACAAUCUUGGAACUGAAGGCAAUGGUUGAGCAGCUUCAUUACAGGGAGCACAAGCGUGUUGCUGUUCAGGGAAUUAUUGCUGCUUGUACAUUUGUGGAAAAUGACUCAAAAACUGAAAUGGAGCAGGUUCUGUGCGGGGUCUCUGCAGUGGCGGACCACUCUGUCAACAUUUCAAAACGAUGUGCAGAACAGCUGACACCUCUGAAGGAAGCUCCUAACCUGGUAAAGAGAAGGAAACUGCCGGACUCAGGAGUGGGCCCUACAGUUUCCAAACCUGAGAAUAUCACAGGCACACAGCACUUAGGCCAAGAAGUGAACCCUGAGUCUUGGGAAUCCCUACACUUUGAAGAUGAAGGAGCUGGAAGCUGUGCUGCAGAAAGUGAUGCAAGUGAUGAAACCUCAUGUGUUAGUUUGUCCUGGGAGAAUCCUUUGUGGUCUGAGGUUAAGCAGAAUGUAAAGGAACAUCUAUGCUACAGCAAGUUAUUUCCAGAAAGUUUAACUCAGAAAUAUGACUAUAAACAAAAGGAGAUGAAAGACUUGCUGAUACAGCAAUAUAACCUGCAUUCAGCAAAAGUCACUAGCCUAACAAGACAUCGCCCCAGCCUUACCAGUGCCAGCACGCUUGGCCACUACCAACUGACAAUUCUAGGACUAAAUCAGAAUAUAGCAAUAGAUGUAUCUUUACCAACAUUUGAAAACUUCAGUGUGUUUGGUAAGAACUAUCUUCCUAAUCGUCUCCAACCUGCUGGAUCGGGUAUUAAUGAUGAAAUCCAAGGCCACCAAUGGCUUUCUCUAAGAGGUGAGCUUGUAGAAUAUGCAAGAACACGGGACAGACUGCAUGUCAUCUGCAUCUUGGACAUAUGUCACCUUGGAGAAAGCAAAGUGGAAGUUUUCUUAAACAGAGUAUAUUAUCCAACAAUAGACUGCACUGAUUAAAAUAUAGCAUUACAAUAAUCAGUCCUAUUUUUCUAUUGCACUUUGUCAUUUAUCAAACAUUUGGAAACUAUGAUAAAUGAUAUUUUUAUUGGUAAGUUUUUUUUAAUCCUAAGAUUAUGUGAUGUGGUUUUUAAACCACUAAAGAUUUUGUGACUUUUUUUAAUAUUUGAACUAUAUUUAUAUUUUC